CUUGGUUACUUGUCAUAACAAAUGUAUUUUGUAUUAUGAAUAUUUUUAAUUAAAUUGAAAAUGAAUUCCUCCAUUGAAACAGAUGUUUUAACAAAACUAAUAGAUGUGGUAAGGUUGUGUCAGACAAAAUAUUCCAACAAAAAGGAACUUGCGACUGAAAAUGAUGAACUUAUUCUAAAAUUGUGCAAUCUUUGGGAGGAUAUAUUUAAUUCCGGUCUACGUUUAAAACCUAUCAGCGAUUUUUCUGACUUAGUUAAAAGUGUGCAAGAUGUAGUAUCUGGAACAGUUACACAAUCAUUUUCUUUUUGGGAUUUUUGUAAAAAACACUUAUCCAAACAUGAAAGAGAAAGAUUUGAAAAUUUAAGGAAUAUUUCAACCAAAGACGGAAAAAUAAGGGCACUAAUUCGCGCUUCCCUUAACGAACAUUCGUUGCAGCGAUACAUAUGCACAUGGUUAAGUGAUUCUACACUUAAAGAUAUCUACGAACCUAAUGCUCCUAUGAUCAACUCUGAAGUUACUAAUUUACUACCAAACUUAGCAGAUGGACUAAGCACUAUUAUAUUUGCUAUUAAUAUCGAUUGUAAAAGCUUAAAUAUUGGCAGAACACAAAUAUUAGAAGAACCAGUUAUAUAUGCUCCAACGCCUUCAACUACAAAUAAAAAAGCUCCAGCCAUAGAAAGGGAUAUCCUUUCGUUUGAAGAUGAUAUUGACGUUCAAGAUGCGGUAAAAAUUUUAGACAGUAUAAACGAUGCUUAUAAAAUUAAUUACAAUGGAGAAUCUGAUUCAUAUGAAGUCAAGGCAGACAACAAUUUAAUUCAAGAUACCUCAAUUAACUGUGAUAAAUUUUCCAUAGAAAAUAGUGAAAAUGCUCAAAGCGGUAAAACAACAAAGAUUAAAGAUUACCUUCAUAGUUUAGGUGGCCAAAUUUUUUAUGAGGGUGAUUCAAGUGAAAAAGAAUACUUCGAAAGUGAAUCUUCUUCAGACUUAAGUAAAAGUGCCAGUUAUUCUGGAAUCAAUAUAUCUGUAAGUCAUACAUCAUCGAAUGUAUCUGGGAAAAAUGAGCAGGAGAAAAUAAAAAAUUUGGAAGAACAAUUGAAAAUAAUGACAGAUCGUUGUAAAUUUUUAGAGAGUAGAGUAGCUGAAUUGAGUUUAGAAAAUCAUCGUCUGCAAAAAUUAAAAAAUUACAUUGACAAUGACUUUGGAAAUUUUAGUGUUACAAUACCUAAAGUUAAAUUAGUAACAGAAAGAAGUUCAAAACAUUAUAUUUAUGAAAUUCACAUAAUCUCAAGGGAACAAGAAUCAUGGAUUAUUUCUAAGCGGUAUAGUGACUUUUACAAAUUGUAUCAAAACAUGCUUAAAAAACAUAAUCAUCUAGUUAAAACAAUAGAUUUUCCCCCCAAAAAAAAAUUAGGAAAUAUGAAUGCAUCAUUUAUAGAAGAAAGAAGGCAACGAUUACAAAUGUUCUUGCGAAGUUUAUUGAAAGUGCUUCCGGAAAUAAAUUUAUGCACAUCAAAAGAGGAACUUGAAGGUGCAGUUCCUUUUUUCCAAUAAGUUAAUUUUUAAAAAUCAACAAAAAUAUACAUACAAAACGAUUUUAUGCAAAAAAAAAAAACUUGUAAAAAAUAUUUUAACCAAUUAAACAUUAACCUAAUUUAAUUUUAAUCUAUCAUAUGUAUAAAAGCAAUUAUAAUCUAUCAUAUGUAUAAAAUCAA